UCCGUGGACGCACAUCUAGCUAACUGCGAGACAAAGCAAAUUCGUAAUUGGUUCCCACUUUGCUCAGCCGUCGAUUGGACACCAUCUCCUCUGUCUAACUCCUUUUGGAGUAGUCUGCACGCCACCAGUAAGAACGCCGGACAAGCAAGCACGCAGCCAAACCACCACCGGACCACCGACGAUUAUGAUCGGGCGACCAUGAGCCAACGCGUCGGUGUACUGCACCAGGUCUGCUCUCUUCACACUCUAUGACCAGUCUUGCCACCUUGAAGACUGCUUAAAUUUCGACAUAAAAACGGCGGUUAUGGCACCCAGGAAACCUCCGCCGCCCCCAGUUGUGCGCUUGACCGCCAAAGGAGUUCCGGCCAAGAAGCGUGGCCCAGCUCCAAAACCAAUAUCAGAACGUCCCUGGACGGCCCCAAAGCCUGUGAGAAGGGUCGAACGCUCUUAUACCAGGGAACGCAAAAUCGAGGUUCUGCAAUUCCUGCUGAACCAUCGAAUUGCCGAUUAUCGUCCACGCAAGGCACCUCGUCGUCGAAUCGGCCAGCCGCCACACGAACAGGAACCCGUCCCCCAAACUGCGACCCGCGACGCCAACGGACAGCUGGUCUGGUAUCGUGCUCCUACCUAUGUUGAGGCUUCCGAGUGGUGGAAGAUUCCCAUCCCAACCAUCCAAGGCUGGUGGGAUUCCCGCGAGAAAAUCCUAGAGGGCACAGGCAUCGAGCUGCCCAAGUCAGCUCCAGGUGAUUCCCCGGGUUCCGAUCAGCCAAGACCGGGAGCCCGUGUUGAAUUCAUCGUUAAUCCGCAAGCACCUCAACCGGCAUCUCGAGAAGGAUCUGAACAGUCACAACCUCAACAGCAACCACAACAGCAGAGGGGAUCUCAGCAACGCGUGACCAUGACUGGGCAAGGGAACCGUGACGGAGCCGCCAGGAAUACUCCUGCUCGUGCUAUCUCAAUUUCUUCCGCUUCUUCCACGCACACUGGGGCGAAUGUGAACUCGCAGGCUGCUCCAAGACCGCCCGUUGCCCAGGUGCCGCCGACAGGGCCACGCACACCUGUCGUUGUACAACCUGGUCAGCAACUCGACAGACCUCCUGCCCAAUGGACGGUGAACCAUCAUCCCUAUGCUCCUCGUCCUCCUAGAGAGCCGUCUUACUCUCAACCGCCUCAGCCUCCACAGCCUCAGCCUCACCCUCCAUUUUUCAACCCCUAUCAGCCUAAGCCUAACCAAAUCCCGCCGCAGUAUCAUCAGUUACAACCUACGUAUCCUCCGCAAGUGGCUCAUCAUCAACCGCCCCCAGGAUACCCUUAUCAGCCGGGACCGCCCCCAUUCAAUCCUCAGCAUGGCUAUGGCCAGCCUCCUCCUCCUCCUCCUCCCCCUCACUAUGGUCCUCCGCACCAAGCCCCCCAUAUGCCAGGUCCUCCUCAGGGCCACCCCGGCUACCCGCCAUAUCCCCAACCUGGCCCAGGAGGCCCAGUAUACCCACCUCAUCAAGGUGCACCAUACCAAGGAGGACCUCCGCCACAGCCAUACCCGGGAGCCCACCCGGCACCAUAUACAUAUGGUCCACAGUUCCAGGUGCCAAUGAUAGUUCAGUUUCCUCAAUUCACGCCCUAUUAUGCAACACCCCAGGCGCCUCCAUACGCGCAGCCUGCUGCGCCUCCUCCCAACCUUCCGCCUCAACCUCCCCCGUUUGCACCGGGCGGACCGGGGCAAGUUCCCGGUCCAGCACCGGGAAUGGUGCCAGUGCCACCAUUUCCAGGGCCGAGAGACUUUAGGCCGCCCGGACCAGCUCCCCCUCAGCCUGUCCCCGGUCCUGUAAGCGUCAAUGGCAGCACCCAACCGCCUCAGGCGGCGGCUUCCGGUCCAGCCCCGAAUCCUCCGGUGACUCCUCCGAGACAACAGCCUGCGGGACAGCCAUCGGACGCACAAGAACCGCAAUCCGAGUCAGAUGAAGCGUCACCAGCCGGUCAGUUAUUGGCCGAGCAAGAGGCCAGGAAUACGGUGCAGGACAGCCAGGGCCAGGAACAGUCGGCUGACAAGCGGCCUGCCGAGUCGGUAUCAUCUCCGGAGGCUGGAGCAGCAUCGGAAGAGCAGGACCAGGAGAUGGGCCAGGAUCAAGACCAGGAUCAGGACCAGGAGCAGGACCAGGAGCAAGACCAGGAGAUGGACCAGGAUGUGGACCAAGAGAUGGCUCAGGAUCAGGAGGAGCAUGAUGAGGAGCAGGUACACCACUCAUCUGCAGACAUCUCCGCCAGCGAGGAAGCUGACAAAGAGGACGGUAACAACGUCUCAAAUGAGACCCAUGAAAAGCCACAGCAGGACGGAAGUGCAGAUAUGGAUUCUACAAAAAGAGGCCGGUCCCAGAGCACAUCCCCAGUGUCGACACCUACUUCCCCUGCUUCAGAAGAGGAGUCAUGAUGGGUACAGCUGCCUGGGCCAAGACGGAACGACAGCAUGGUAUUCAUCCGUUGGAUAAAGGCCACAAAAUGGGAGAAGAGACCCGGAACAAGCAGCGUAAAUCUCAAGGCAUGACGAACCGAUUGGUUGAUGAAUUAACGAUGUAGAGGGACGGAAAAUGCAAUCAAGAGUACCUUAUUUUGGAUUAACCGGAUUAUUAGGUAGUUAACUCCAACCAAAACACAAAUAUAUACAAUUGGUCGUUUCCA